GUAAGUUGACCGUGUGGUUGUGCUGGUAGUCAGUGAUAUCCGGAGGCAAGCGUCUUGAGUUCUGAUAUCGCGAUGGGAGGAUGAGAGGAUGCAAAGCAGUACCGCGGAUGCGGUGUCAUGUGUCGUGGCCAAGGACUGUGCCACUAAUUUAUUACUCCCGCUAUUAGGUUACUCGUCUACGUAUAACGUCUACCACAACCUCGGUUUAUGUUUGCGUGCAUGCAUGUGUGCGUUACAAGUCAAAGUGUCUACUCUACUCUACCGUACUCCGCUUUCCUCUCUUAUACUUGAGCCUGCAGCCUAUAGCCCAGUCGAGUCGGGUCUAGUCUAGCCUAUUACACUCUUGUCUACUCAAUUCUGCUCUGUACAUACGAUAGCUGGAUAAAUUAACACACCAAGAUAACACGUCGAGUGAGCGAGAUACGGCUUUGAGAUAACGUGCCAUCGGUCGGAUUAUAAGGCGGGAGAAAAACGGAAGGAAAAUUCCGGGCAUGUGUGCGUGCUUAGAUGGAUCGCAAUCUAUGUAAUAACCAGUCUAUCAAGAAAUGCGAUUCAAAAGGAUGACAAUGAAAUCUCAAGAUCCGCGACAACUACGAUAGAGAUUUAAAAUAUUCAUAUGACCAGAAUUCAGAUCUCUUCAUCGCCUUUGAAGCGACGCAGAGACACGAUGUUACGCGUUUUGGGAGUUCGACUGUUGUCGAGGCUUCUCGUCCUCGUAUGCUCGCUAUCUCUAUUGUCACUGCUGUUCCUCAAUCGAUGUGGCUUCAAUAACUUGGACACUGACCUCAUUGACACUGCUGAUCCAAUAACUCCCGCGAGUUUACUUGAGGCAAACCAACGUGAAGAAGAAACGAGACUCGAAAUCGAGAGACUCACAGCUGAAAUUCGCAGUCUCAAAUUGCAGAUACUUCAGCUAACAGGGGGACCAGCUGGACACGGAGAAACUCUCGCGGGAUUGAAUUCAACCGAAAUCGGCGACUGUUUGGCAGCGAGGCGUCAGGUCGAAUUCGCGGAAAUAACUCAAGGCCUACCGCUGAAUAACGAGUACGAGCUGAUAGCCUUCAGUCACUUUACGUACUCACGACUAUACCCCGUGGACCUGGGACUGGGGAAACGCGUCGUGGAGAAGCCGAUCGGGUUUAAAAGAAAAGACUUGCUGGAGGCGCUAGCCAAGGCAGUAGAUACGCUCAAUAAAAAUGUGUCUUCUAUUGCGAGCAAGUAUACCCAAGAGGAUUUUCUUGAGGGUCUGUAUCGGGUUGAACCGACGACCGGUACCCAGUAUGAAAUGUACUUUAGAUCUAAAACCCUCAACAAAAGCUCUCAAGUUUCAACCCAAACAAAUACGAAUUCCGGGUACACGAAGAUCGUUAUGAUGAGACCUUAUGCUCCGAUUCACUUUGUAUCUCUCCAGAGGCAACAGAAUGCCCGAGAGAAAGAGCUUAUUCAUAUAAUACUUCCAUUGUCAGGGCGAACUGGUACUUUUCAGAGCUUUAUGGAUAAGUUUGUGAAAAUUGGCUUGAAAAACGAUCGCAGAGUCCACCUAACAGUCGUCUAUUUCGGCACCGAGGGACUCUCCGAGGCGAGGUCCAUUAUGUCGAGGGUGCUGAUGACACGUGGCACUGGUGGCACCAAUCAGAAUUUACGGCUGCUUGCCUUGAAUGAAACUUUCUCGAGGGGCAAAGGACUGAGAGUUGGGGCCGAAAGAGCCUGGACUGGUGAUAAUGAUGUCUUACUGUUCAUGUGUGAUGUCGAUGUUGUUUUUAGUGCAAGAUUUCUUGAUAGGUGUCGGUGGAAUACAGCCCCCGGGCGCAAGGUCUAUUAUCCCAUUGUCUUCAGUUUGUACAAUCCUCACGUUGUCUACACGCUCCAGGGCCGCGAGGUACCACCCGAGAGAGAUCAACUCGUGAUAUCCAGGGACACGGGUUUCUGGCGAGACUUUGGAUACGGCAUGACCUGUCAGUACAGGUCAGAUUUUCUCCGAGUUCGGGGAUUUGACGAAGACAUCGUGGGAUGGGGCGGCGAAGACGUAACUCUCUAUCGCAAAUACGUCAGGAGUAAUAUUAAAGUUGUCAGAGCAACAGAUCCUGGAAUUUUCCACAUAUGGCAUCCAAAGGUUUGCUCAGGUGGUCCGGGACAGAAAUUAUCGACAGAUCAAUAUCGCGCGUGCAUACGCUCGCGGGCGUUGAACGAGGCCUCCCACGCACAAUUGGGCUUCCUGGCGUUUCGCGACGACAUCGCGAGCCAGGCGAUGAAUCUCAAGGCGACUCAGACCAAGAAAAAGAAGAAAAAAGUUGUUCCUGCGCAACCGCUGCCCAAAAAAGACAAAGUCAGGCUGCCCGGGUCCCGGCCCAAGGACGAACAAGUGAAAGAUAAAUUACCCAGCCAAGAUAAGCCGGCUAAUCAGACCUGAUAUGAUCAAUUGGUGUCUUAAUUCCUGUAAAUAUCGUGUAUAAAUUUAAUGAAAGUAUUGAAAUGUACUGAUCGAUUCUUGAGAUUAAAAUUUUU